GCAGAAAAUGGGCAUUAUGAGGAUCAGUGAGCUGCUUUUCCUGGUGACUCUGUUGGGUCUUGCGAGCUAUGGAGUAGCAAAGCCAAGUGUAAACCAGCAGCCUCUCGCAAGAAUUGCUAUUCAUAAAGCAAGAAUUGCUCUUGAGAAAUCUGCUUAUGUGACAGCUUCACCAACUCUCCUUGGAUUAGGGGGUGAAACUAGUGAAUGGGUGACUGUAAAAUUUAGCUCUCCAAAUGCAUCAAAUACUGAUUGGAUUGGAGUCUUUUCUCCAGCAAGUGGUGCAAAUGGUUCCACAUGUCCUGGACCUCUUCUGUGUUCAGCUCCAAUUAAGUACCAAUAUGCAAAUUACUCCACUCCAGACUACAGCAAAACAGGAUAUGGAACUCUGUCAUUUCUAAUGAUCAACCAGAGAGCAGAUUUCGCUUUUGCAUUAUUUUCUGGUGGAAUGUCCAAUCCGAAGCUGAUUGCUGUGUCAAAUAUAGUUGCUUUUGCAUACCCAAACGCACCUCUUUACCCACGUUUAGCCCAAGGACAGACAUGGAAUGAAAUGACUGUAACUUGGACAAGUGGAUAUGGACUCAAUGAAUCAGAACCUUUUGUGGAAUGGGGUCGACAAGGAGAAACUCAAAUACGUUCCCCAGCUGCGACUUUGACUUUCACUCGUGAAAGCUUGUGUGGUCCACCAGCAACUACUGUGGGAUACCGUGAUCCUGGUUUCAUACACACAAGUUUUAUGAAGGAGUUGUGGCCUAACGCAAUGUAUACAUACAAGCUCGGACAUAAAUUGUUCAAUGGUUCAUAUGUUUGGAGUCCAAUGUACAGUUUUAAGGCAUCUCCUUUUCCUGGCCAAGACUCUCUACAGCGUGUAAUUAUUUUCGGUGAUAUGGGAAAGGCUGAGGCUGAUGGUUCCAACGAAUAUGGCCCCCAACCCGGGGCCCUUAACACCACGAAGCAGCUUAUUAAUGACCUAAACAAUUAUGAUAUAGUCAUCCACAAUGGAGACAUAACAUACGCGAAUGGAUACCUUUCACAAUGGGAUCAAUUCACUGCACAAAUUGAGCCCAUUGCGUCAACCAAACCCUACAUGGUUUCAAGUGGAAACCAUGAGCGUGACUGGCCCAACUCAGGAUCUUUCUAUACUACUACAGGUUCGGGAGGAGAAUGUGGUGUAUUAGCAGAGACCAUGUUCACUGUUCCUACAACCAACAAGGAUAACUUCUGGUACUCCACUGAUUUUGGUAUGUUCCACUUCUGCAUAGCUGAUACGGAACAUGACUGGAGACCGGGCACCCCACAAUAUCUGUUCAUAGAGAACUGCCUAGCAUCUGCUGAUAGGCAAAGGCAGCCAUGGCUAAUCUUCAUCGCACACCGGGUAUUGGGUUACUCUUCAAGUUUGGCAUAUGCCUUAGAAGGCACCUCUAAUGAACCAAUGGGAAAGGAUGGCCUUCAACAGCUUUGGCAGAAAUACAAGGUAGACUUGGCUAUGUAUGGCCAUAUUCAUAACUAUGAAAGGACAUGUCCAGUGUACGAGAACGUUUGCACGAUGCCAGGGUCAAAUUUCUACCAGGGCACCUUGAAUGGGACCAUCCAUGUAGUUGCAGGGGGAGGAGGCCAGGGCCUUGAUGAUUUUUCACCAACCACCCCCAGCUGGAGUGUUUAUAAGGACAUGGAUUGGGGAUUUGUUAAGCUUACAGCCUUCAACCAUACAACCCUGCUCUUUGAAUACAAGAAGAGUAGGGAUGGGUUGGUUUAUGACACCUUCACCAUCCAGCGGAAUUAUUCGUCCCUUGUGGCUUGUACUUUUGAUAGUUGCCCACUUACCACAUUGGCUUCUUAAUGUUUAUGUAUGUGUGUGUGUGUGAGAAGAUGA